GUAGUGCUUUUCAGCGUGUAGAGACACUGGUUUAAGGUCAGUUGCUGAUUUUUCCAUUGUAGGUCACAGACUGUGCUCCUAUCUCAAAGUGUGUCUCUCUCUUUAGUGAGAUUGCCAGUGUUUGCCGCUGUCUCCUAUAGCGCAAUUCAAAAGGGCUCCAAAACUCUAUACUCUAAUAAUAUAGGCAUCAUUCACCUUUCCACUUCCAUCGCCUCAACAAUCGACGAUAGAUGUCUGCAUCGGUUUCCCUACGGAUUAUCAACAGCACAAUACCCGGGAAUAAGAACUCGAUUUAUAAUAUGGGAGGAAAGUCCACAUUGACUCACUGAAGUUGGAGGUUCUUUUCCUCAAGGAGGUGGAAGCAGCGGCGUUAGCACACACUAUCUGAUUAGUUAAGCUUGGGCUCCCUUCUUAGACCUCAUUCACUGAGGUGGGAUAAGAUGAGCAUAACCAGUGAUGAAGUCAACUUCCUGGUUUACAGAUACCUCCAAGAAUCAGGUUUCUCACACUCAGCCUUCACCUUUGGCAUGGAGAGCCACAUCAGCCAGUCCAACAUCAACGGCACGCUAGUGCCCCCUGCUGCCCUCAUCUCCAUCCUGCAGAAGGGCCUGCAGUACGUGGAGGCUGAAGUCAGCAUCAAUGAGGAUGGCACAGUCUUUGACGGCCGGCCGAUCGAGUCUCUGUCCCUGAUCGACGCGGUGAUGCCGGACGCCGUGCAGAGCCGUCAGCAGGCGCUGCGCGAGAAGCUGGCACAGCAACAGGCCUCGGGCGCCAUGGCAACCACCUCAGCGCUCGCCCAGCAGAGUGUGCUGAAGAACAGGGAGGCCUCUGUGAACGGCGAGGAGAACGGCACGUACACCAUCAAUAAUCACGUGGAGGAUGUUGAGAUGGACGGGGAUGUGGAGAUACCGGCCAGCCAGGCGACUGUGCUGCGGGGACAUGAGUCUGAGGUCUUCAUCUGCGCCUGGAACCCUGUCACCGACCUGCUGGCUUCUGGCUCGGGCGACUCCACCGCACGGAUCUGGAACCUGAGUCAGAACGGCGUGAGCGGUGGCAGCUCCACCCAGCUGGUCCUCCGUCACUGCAUCCGGGAGGGGGGCCAGGACGUCCCCAGCAACAAAGACGUCACCUCCCUGGACUGGAACAGUGAUGGGACACUCCUAGCAACUGGGUCAUACGAUGGCUUCGCCAGGAUAUGGACAAAAGAUGGUAAUCUGGCCAGCACACUGGGGCAACACAAAGGUCCUAUAUUUGCCCUGAAGUGGAACAAGAAGGGAAACUGCAUCCUCAGUGCUGGAGUGGACAAGACCACGAUCAUCUGGGAUGCACACACGGGCGAGGCCAAGCAGCAGUUCCCUUUCCACUCCGCUCCCGCCCUUGACGUGGACUGGCAGAACAACACCACCUUCGCCUCAUGCAGCACGGAUAUGUGUAUACACGUCUGUCGCCUUGGCAACGACCGGCCCCUGAAGACCUUCCAAGGACACUCUAAUGAAGUCAACGCCAUUAAGUGGGACCCGUCGGGCAUGCUGCUGGCCUCCUGCUCUGAUGACAUGACCCUGAAGAUAUGGAGUAUGAAGCAGGACACCUGCGUACAUGACCUUCAGGCUCACAGUAAAGAGAUCUACACCAUUAAAUGGAGUCCCCCCAGCGCCAACAUCAUGCUGGCCAGUGCCUCCUUCGACUCGACCGUGCGCCUGUGGGACGUGGAGCGGGGCGCGUGCAUCCACAUGCUCACCAGGCACCAGGAGCCCGUGUACAGCGUGGCCUUCAGCCCCGACGGCAAACACCUGGCCAGCGGGUCCUUCGACAAGUGCGUCCACAUCUGGAACACCACGAGUGGGGCCCUGGUUCACAGCUACAGGGGGACAGGGGGAAUCUUUGAGGUGUGCUGGAACAGCGCGGGGGACAAGGUGGGGGCCAGUGCAUCAGAUGGAUCGGUGUGUGUCCUUGAUCUUCGGAAAUAGCAUUUUGAUGGCAAUUUUGAAGAUUGAGCCAUAGCAGUGAUUUUGGAGUUGGGACUGUAAACCAUGUGGCAAAACGCCUUGAUGGUUUCUGAAAUCGCUGUCACCAGAACCACGUGAACAUUCUUUCCCAACGGUGAAGGCAGACCUUGCGCGCAGGCGCCUCCAUCUGGAUGUUGUGGGGGAACGUCAAAGGCUCAAACAGCUGUGCCAAAAAAAAUCCUAGUCCUUCUAAACCAAAUAAGAGUUCCCUCUCUGAAGACAAGGGGGUUCAGCUGCUCAGUCAUUGUCUGUCAGUUAAAGGGCCAACCGGCAAAUCAGUAAUCCAGUCCUCAGGAGUGUUGGGCACAGACCACAGUGAGACAAUGUAGUUACCUGGGAGCUGGAUAAACAUGCUGUUUUAUCAGUCCAGAAAGUCACACAAGAGACGGACUACAGCUACCUUUUCUUGGCCCUUGGUGCUAAGGGUCUCCGUGCUGUCUGGCGCUGAGACUCGAGAGGUUUCGCAGAGGGUCGAGGAUGGUCAAAGUCAAUGAAAACCACCUGUGAUUAGUUUUGGGAGUUGGAUGGUUGGUUGCCUGGAUGGGGUUUCAAAAUAAAACAAAAAUGUUUUAUAUUUACAACUUGAAUAGAUAGAGCUGGACAGACUGCCUUCCUAAGAGUGCGGUCUUUUGAAAGCUACAGUGAAGGUCUCAGACAUGUGUUGAUUGAAGGAUGCAAUGGUUAAACACCCCCAUUCUUUUGGAGAAUGGCUUAUUCCAUGUGCCCAUGGUACUUUCCUUCUCUCAGUGAAACCAGGAAGGCAACAGCUUUUAAAAAAAAAUAUAUAUAUAUAUUUUUUUAAACUAAUAGCAGCAUAUUGGCAGCAUAAGUAGCUAGGUCAGUAAUAUAGAUGGAGAUAGAUAAGAAUACAUUAAAGAAAAACUGCCUCUGAAAAAGUAUGCACACAACAUCUGUGGUGGGCGGAGCUGAACCUGCUGGCCGACCUGCUGUUUGCAGUCUCGGAGGCAGCUGCUGCCUGCCAGGCAUCACUGAAGGAAGGAAGGUACCAUGGGUAUUCUGUGUACACUGACUGGGAUCGGUUUAGUUUUAGUUGAACUACUGAAGGGCUUUGCUUGAUACGAGUCACUUUGUUCAAGCAUUCAUGCCCUGAUCAGGAAAUUACUUUCUUUUUUUUUUCUUUUUUUUUGAACAGGUGAAUGUCCAUGCUGACAAAUCACUUUACUAUCUCCCUUAUAGAAGUAAAUGUAAUGAAUGUAAAGAUUUUGUAAAUUAGAUGGAUGCGCACAUUUAUAUACUGUGUAUAUGUGUUAUAUACAGUACACAUUACUUUCAUCCUUGAGCCUCAGUGCUCUGGGAUUCUUUGCAAACACUGACCGAUGACUUGGCCGUUUCGGUGUUGUUAGGUUAUCCAGCUCCGCUUGCUUGUGUGUGGUGCCGCCUUGUGGGGCACAGAGGUACAGCAGGGAUUCACAGUUCUGGCAGUCCAAACGGGUCUGCGGGCUCAUUCCGGUCACUUCUAUACCUCCUUGUUUUUGACUGAUCCAGACAUUGAUUGAGUUCCAGCUCUUUAAGGGCAUUCCAACCCAUUAAAUGCUCCUUGAAGGAGCGAGGAGCUAGGAGGCAAAUAAUUAUUGAGCAAGGAACCAUGUUGCUUGCUUCCUUUCCUUGCCUCCUUGGAUGAAUGGAGGUAGGAGCAAGGAAAAGAGGUGGGGAAAGUAAGCAAGUGGGUACAAAUAAGUGAUUGAAAAGAGCCCCUUGUCUCAUUUGGAUAAGUGGAGAGGUGUUGAGAUUAGUCAGCCAUCUUGUGACAGGAAGUAAUCCUGUUAUGACCUUUGCAGGCUGCAGUCGGUCAAGGUGAAAUCCUGUUUAAUCAGACGGACACUGAAUGUUAAGCAGCCCUCUGCUGAUGUCCUUUACAGCUUGGAUCAGAUCAACUUUAAUCACGAAGUGGAGGCUCUCUGACCUGCGGCCAGCCAGAUUGAGGUCAACGGAACCAUUCUGAGCCGUAAUCGCAUUCCCCAUUUGGGUUAUCGUUAUGUUUAUCCUCAUUUGUGACCCUCGCAGGUUAUUUUUGUGUAUCUGCCGCGUUGCUCAUUUCAGAUCUUGUGAAAACACGGAUGAAACGCAUUUCCACACGGCUUAGCUCAAUUCAACUCAUCAGUUACAGCCUUUGGGAGUCGAGCACAUUAUCCAUUUCUCCUUGACUUGGGUUCAGUCCAGUAAAUGGUAAAAUUGAAGUAAAGUGCACUUUCUUCCACAUUCUUCCUCCAGUGGAUCUGUCCAUCCAUCCGUCUAUUAUGCAACCCACAUCCUAGCACGCAUUGAGCAAGAGGCAGAAAUAGGAAAAGGGCACCCACACUAUUCACUCACACACUUCCUCCAGUUAGCCUCACCUGCUUGUCUUUAGACUGUGUGAGGAAGCUGGAGUAUCCACAGGAAACCCACACGGACACGGGGAGAACGAACUCACAGAACAGAAAGGCUCCACUCUCCACUGCCUGCUGGGGGUUUGUUCUCAUCAUUACCUGUCAUUUUUUUUUUUUUUUUACACAUUUAUUAUUUUCAAGGUUGCGUUCGGUUCACGCUGGCCUCAGAAGCUGAGAGCCGCUGUCUGGUUUCCACAAUCGUUACGGUCUGUGUCAGACCGAGGAGGCCAGCAGAUGGCGAGAUGUUCUGAGUCCCCGUGUAGAACGUGUCCCACGACUGCACGGCUCCACCCCUCCCCCCUGUCACCAGGGCAACACAUGGAGAUGCUACCCCGUGAAGCUAAAUAAAUCACUCUAUUUUGAUAACAGAAA